UCAUCUCGUGCUCACCACGCGUUGCUUCUUCGAUUUUUUCUUCAAAUUAAUCUCUUGCGGAGGUUUUCGAUUCUUCGAGACUAAGCCAUUUGGGCCUUAAAAUGGAGCACUUGAUGAGAGCUUUUCAUAUUGAGGCACCGGAAUCUGAGAAUCUGUUCGCUGAUCAGGAGAUUCAAAGAUGCCCAUUUUUAAGAAAUAUCAAUGAACCCACUAAUUUUUCGUUCUCCUCAAACACCAAUUUUCCUUUACCUGUGCGUGGUGCCAAAGGCCCAAUUUUUGAAGAUGGUCCCAAUUUUGACAUGGCAUUCAGGCUUUUCCAUGGAAGGGAUGGAGUUGUGCCCCUUUCUCGGCAACCAUCUACAUUGAACAAGAACCUGGAGCCUGAGCCUGCUCUUCAAUUUAAUCCUUUGGCUGCAAAAGCAGCAUCCAUUAGUCUUUCAGCUUUCGGACCUGGUGGACCUUUCAGCUUUGAUUUUUUCUCGAACAAGUGGAAGAAACAAAAGAACUCUUCAAAGAAAGAGUCCUCUACCCAGAGAAGCAGUUCAUCCCAUGAAUCUCUAAGCAAUGAAUGGCUAGAAACUGGGCAAUGCCCCAUAGCAAAGUCCUAUAGAGCAGUAAGCGGUGUCCUGCCUCUUGUUGCGAAAGCUCUACAGCCUCCACCAGGUGUGAAAUUCAGGUGCCCUCCUGCUGUGGUCGCUGCCCGUGCAGCCCUAGCCCAAACAGCAUUUGUGAAAAACCUCCGUCCUCAGCCCCUGUCAGAGAAAAUGCUGGCUAUCACCAUGCUAGGGAUUUCAGCCAACAUCCCUCUUGGCAUAUGGAGGGAACAUACGAAAAAAUUCUCACCCCAGUGGUUUGCAGCAGUCCAUGCAGCAGUGCCAUUCAUAGCGAUGUUAAGGAAGUCUGUUCUAAUGCCAAAGACUGCGAUGGCCGUCACUCUGGCUGCAUCAAUUUUGGGUCAGACUAUUGGUUCCAGGGCAGAGCGAUACCGCCUGAAGGCAGCGGCAGCCUCAGCUAAAGACUCCGGUAAAUCCACUGCUCUAUUUAGUCUUAGCAGGAGCGGGAACUGCAGUGCUGAAGGUAGUAGAGCUUGGGACCCCCUUCUUAUCAGAGCUAUAACUGUGGGUUCUUCCGCAACAGAGGAACCAACAGGAAAUGUAUGUUUUUGAUGACACUAUCAGAAACGAUUAAGAAAUUUGAUGUAAUUUGUGUUUUCAAUUGUAUGUUUUGGAUUGGCGCUUGAUUGUGUGGUGUUUCUUGUGCUUGUAUUUGACAAUUGAAUUAACUUUUAAUGCAACGUGUUGUGUUGAUUUUCA